UCUUUGUCAAUAACCCCACCGGAACAACGUUCCGGGUCUGGGUUCACCCAUCAGACACCGUGUGUUCCGUCAUGGAGAACAUCCACAACCGGUAUCGCCUCAUCUUCAAUGGGGUGCAGCUACAGGAUAACUGUAGAUUGGCCGAUUACAACAUCCAGGAGGACUCCACUCUUGACCUUGAAGAGAAGAUGCAGAUCCACGUGAUGGAGACGCUGAUCACCAUCGACCUUGACUUCAACAGCCUAGACACUAUCGACGGCGUGAAGGCCAAGAUCUAUCGCCUCAAGGGCUUUCCUGUAGAUCAGCAGUGCCUCCUCUUCGCCGGCAAGCGUCUAGAGAACGGGAACCGCACCUUGGCAGACCACAACAUAUGCAUGGAGUCCACGAUACUCCUUGUCCUCCUCCCAUGUAUUCCGAGAGGACACAUGAUGCAGAUCUUCGUGAAGGGGCUAACUGGGAAGACCAUCACUCUCCAGGUUGGGAGCUCGGACACCGUCGAUAGUGUCAAGGUGAAGAUCUAUGAGAGGAACCACGCCCCUUUCCCGAAUGUGCAACGCCUCAUCUUUGCUGGCAGGCAGCUGGAGGGAGGGCGCACCUUGGCGGACUCCAAGAUUACAAAGCAUUGCACCCUUCAUUUGAGUCUACACCUUCGUGGUGGUUGAGAUGCAUGGAUGGCCGUCCAACCACUAGUUUUAUUUUUGCUGGAGUCUUCCAUCCAGCUGAC